AUGGAGGAGUUUCUUCGUAACUGGAGACAAGAUGCCUUGAACAAAGGGCAGUACGACUCGGCGGUAUAUAUUGGCGAUAAAGUACUCGCUCUAACAAAUAGCGAUAAUGAUGCAUAUUGGCUCGCUCAAGUGCACUUUUCGAACAACAACUACACCCGAGCGCUGGCGUUACUAUCUACGAAGGAUCUCAUUACUCGGAAUUCAUCCUGUCGGUACCUCGCCGCUCAUUGCUAUAUUAAACAAAACAAAUUCGACCUUGCGCUUUCUAUACUUGGGGAACACAACCCGACCCAUCUGAUUCAUAGUACCAGCAACAGCCGCCGUAAAAAGCCUCACUUGAACGGAGGCUCCCAUGUUACCCUUAGAAAUGGACGUUCCAUCCCAUCCCGCACAGAUAAAGGGGAUCGAGGCGACACAGAUUCAUAUCAGGAUGCAAACCAUAUAAAAUAUGAAGCCGCAAUGUGCUAUCUACGAGGUUGCUGCUAUGCAAAUCAAAAUGCAUUUGAUCGCGCAAGAGACUGUUACAAGGAUGCUGUCCGGAUUGAUGUACAGUGUUUUGAGGCGUUUGACCGGCUUAUGAAAAAUUCACUGAUGUCCCCCGCCGAAGAACUCGAGUUUCUUGAAUCAUUGGACUUUGAUUCAAUAAACCCAUCUGUUGAUGUUUCAGUAUCUCAAGAAGCAUCGGAAUUUACCAAGCUUCUAUAUACGACUCGGCUGUCUAAAUAUUCGUCCUGUUCCGCAUUGUCUCAUGCCAUAGAGACUCUCUCCACCCACUAUAACCUUGCAGAUAACUCUGACCUUCUCCUCUCCCGCGCAGAAACACUAUAUACGCAAUGUCGGUUUCCGGAAGCGCUGUCAUUGACUUCGUCCAUCCUCUCCGCCUCAGAUUCGAUGUCAGCUUUGGUUUCCCAGGGGAGCCAAAGUCAAAACCUCGGACACUCACCAUCCGUCUACCCUCUUCAUCUUGCCUGUCUUUAUGAAACUGGUGCUACAAAUGCACUUUUUCUCCUUGCCCAUACCCUCUCAGAUAAUGUUCCCGAGGAGUCGUAUACCUACCUUGCCAUUGGUGUCUACUAUCUCUCAGUUUCGAAGAUUGCAGAAGCGAGACGAUUCUUCUCAAAGUCCUCUCUCCUGGAUCCCCACUCAGCACCAGCUUGGAUUGGGUUUGCUCAUACAUUUGCUGCAGAGGGCGAACAUGAUCAAGCUAUCGCAGCCUAUAGUACGGCUGCCAGACUAUUUCAAGGAAGUCAUUUACCACAACUAUUCUUGGGAAUGCAACACCUUGCACUGAACAACAUGGCCCUAGCACAUGAGUAUCUCUCUGCUGCGUACUCUAUGUCCUCAGGUUCUCUUUCCAUUGAUAACGCGCUCUCCACAAGUGUUAAUUCUACGGGGGCACAGACUCCUACUCCCGUAGGCGGAGACCCAUUAGUCCUUAACGAACUUGGAGUAGUCUUAUACCACGAAGCUAACUUAGAAGAUGCGGUUCAUUUAUUCCGCCAGGCGUUGGCGCUGGCUAUUUCCUUAGAGUGUGACCCCAGUGCAUGGCUGGCCACGCGCGCAAAUUUGGGCCAUGCACUUCGUCGACUAGGAAAAUUGGAAGAGGCUUUGUUUGAGUUCGAUGAAUGCCUUCGUAUUGGUGCUGGUGGGUCAACAACAAUCUACACAGGGUACACUGGUAGGGCUGGAGCCGGUGCAGUGAGAUCCGCUGGUGCAUCUGCUGUAGGAGGCUACGAAGAUAGGGGUCUAGUUGGGUCCUUCCACACAGCCCGUGGCAUAAUAUUACUCGAGCUGAAUCGAACUACGGAGGCUAUUACAGCACUGCACGAAGCUGUACGAGUGCUAGGAACCACCGGAGGCGACGCAGCAGCUGGUGCUGGGGUUGCAGGCACACUACUUUCAAAGGCUCUCGAGCUUUGGGCUGUUGAGGAAGAAAACGGAGGAGAACCAUUCCAGGAUACAAGCAGGUCGCGGAAAGUGAAAUAUCCCGCUACCAACACAAGUAAUGAAAGAUCGAGGCAUAAAUCUUCGGAACAAAUGCCUAGGCCAAAAGGGGCAAAGAAAUCAGCUCCUGUAGAAGAAUGGACAGAUGAUGUUCCAGAUCGCCCGUCAUCUAGCGGGAUGGAUGGCCAAAACAUAGGCAUAGAGCUUGAUGGAGAGGCCGAUAACUUGCUCCAACACGCCCUUGCCAAGGUGAGACCUCAUCGGCGUGCUGCAGCCAACGAGCUCCAGUCUGGGACUGUUCAUGAAGUGCGGUCUCGUUCUGAUAUACCAGAACCUAGCCGCUCCCGACCGACACGGACGACCCGACGGCGAAGCCCUGGUGGAUGA